AUGGAGUCCACCAAGAACAACGCUCAAAAGGUCUGGUCUGCUAUUGUCAAGCACGCCAAGGAACACCACCGAUCUGUCAACGCUGCUGUCAACGUUUACUACCCUCAACCAACCGCACUUUCUCCCCGUGCUGCUACGGCAAAGACUGUGAAAGGGGUUCAAAUUCUUGUUUUUAUGGUGGAGAUUGUGUGGAGUGGUAUUGAUAGAGAUAUCUGA